AUGGCGAACGUUUCAGAGCGAGGAAGCUCCCCGACAGCGGGUGAAUUGAACGAUCUUUUUGAUUAUGAUAUCGGCUUAGAUGAGAUUAUUCCGGAUAACAAUGCUCCCAAUGCAAAUAGCACCAAGGUCUCUGGUACAGGGGAUUCGACACUUGGUUUGGGUCUUGAUGAAGAAGUGAAAGUCGCAAAAAAACGACAACCUGUGGCAAAACUAGACGAGGGCCGUUUACUUUCACAACCAGGCAUCCCCAAACUGCGACAUACUGCCAGACAGAAAUUGAAGUUCAAGGGCAAAGGACACGAGUUCAAGGAUGCCGCACGCCUGCUCAACUUUUACCAGCUAUGGCUCGAUGAUCUAUUCCCACGCGCAAAAUUCACAGACGGCCUGACAAUGAUUGAGAAACUGGGACAUUCGAAACGAAUUCAGGCCAUGCGACGAGAAUGGAUAGACGAGGAAAAACCGAGACUCUUCGAUAGCGCCGGGGCUACGCAGGAGGAGCUCGAACAUCGCUUCGGCCCCAGGAACACUGCAGAUUCCAAUAAUAAUCCAUCAGCGAUUCCUCAGGACCAGGAAGCGACUACCGACCAAGACCUAUUUAUUCCAGACCCAAACGAGAGCGCGCGGCCUACAACCAGCCACCCUGAGCCCGAGGACGAUGAUUUGGAUGAUCUUCUCAGAGAACAGGAUGAGCCAAUGAUCGAUUCCCCCUCCGACGUGCGUGCCUCAUCCUCACGGGCACCAGAUGACGAUAACGACGAAUAUGAUGCUGAAUACGAAGCUAUGAAGGAGCUUGGGAUGUAG